UUAUCAAUUCAUUCGAAAACGCAUAAUUUCACUUUCGUCCUUGACCAGUUAUAACAGAAAAGUAUACUGAGCCUUAUUACAAUAGGUGAACCGAUAAAACAGUAUAUAGGCCCGCCAAUACAUUACUAUUUAUUGAGAAGAAUGAAGUUACAUUGAUUUUCGCUUCUUCUCCGCAUCGUCCUCCUUAUCACUUUCUUACGUAUACGCAUGCUCCUGCAAUUGGAACCAUACGUACAGGCGCGCAUGCACGGUACAUGUUACGCAACGAUUACGUUAAGAUUGGACCCAAUGAGAACAGAGGCUGCUUUCACACCGUAGAGAACGCAGACAGUCGUUCGUACGUACAGUAUCGACGAACGGUUGAAUGAACGAUAGUGAACACGUGAUCGGUACAGUGUGACGUGGAAUUAUAAUAACAGUGUAUAGUCUGCGAGCCCGAAAUUUCUAAAAUUAUAUAAUAAUCUUAAAAAUUAGCUGGAAUCAGCAAUACAAUGUAAUACGUUGAGCGAACAAAGAAAAAAACAUUAAUGACACACCCGGCUUAUGAAUAUUUGUAACUCCAAAAGUAACUCCAGCAAAACAACAAUUGUGUAAGAAUAUAAUUUAAAGAAAUCUCAGAUACAUACGUAUAUUCGAUUAAAGAAUAACAGCUGUUUAAAGUGACAUUUAUAAACGAGCCAAUUCAGUCAGGUAUUUAUUAACUUCGUGCCACCGGAUACGUCUGUCCUUGUCUCACGCACGUAAAUCCCCAUAACGGCCUCUCUCUCGUACUCGCGAGAGAUAUAGGAAAAUUAAGAAUCCGAACGUCCGGAGCUUUCUCUAUUCUCAAGAUACCUUACCGGCGUUCUUAACGUUGAAUCGAUCGUAUGACCACUGUACAAUCUGAUCAGUUCGUUAAAAAUGUAUCGCGCUGUAGACGUCACGUAACUUAUGAAACUCACUAUCGUUUCUGAUCCACGGAGCACGCCUGGUGGGAGGUUCAUAGCCCGUAGUGUAGGCUGUAUGUAUUUGGAUGACCUAUUCUCGUAGUGUUCACAGCUCGUGACUUUAGUCAGCCAUGAGGCCCAUGAGUAAGGAUUCAUUCGAUGCAUAUUGUUUGUCUUGUACACGUCACUUCAGUGAAUACGUAAAUAUAGUAUGAACCUUUAACCCAGCUGCCUUACCAUUAAAUGGAAACUAAAAGCACGUAUGCCAGAUAGAGUGAGUGCGAUAUAAAACGUGGGACUCCGGUACGAUAGUGUCUAACGAGGAGGGCGAUAAAAUAAUUAAAAAGAAAAACUAUAAAUUCUCUAGAACAAACGACAGCUAGAACGGUAAAGAAUUGUUCGAAGAAACAACGAUGACAGAGCAAGAGAAACUAUGAUUGAUGAACAAUAAAAACAUUGUUGACGAGACUAAGCGUGUCUGACUUAUUCGUUAAGAUAACUAAAAAUAAAUAAUACUAAUUACUGAAACACAAAAGGUGUCCUGAUAUCUGAUAUCUUAUCAAUGUUCAAGCGUGAGUAAGUUCUUACCGUGAGGAAUUUCUUUAGCGUUCAAAUCGGGGCGUAGGCAUUUCCUUUAUUAACUUGCUAGACGACUGUAGUUCUCAAGUGUUCUUAAGAGUUGAACGACAUCAGGCUUGACGUUUAAAAUCAUCAAGCUUCAACGUUAUGACGAACGGGAAGCUGAGGGAUACUCCGGAUGAAGGCUGGGCCUGGAUCAUCCUUGCCAGUGUUGCCAUCAUCAACAUGUCUGUACUUCCUAUCCAGCAACUGUUUGGAUUUAUAUUUAGAAAUCGUUUGAGUGAACUGGAAAUCAGCACGACCCAAACGUCGCUAAUAAUACAUUUAAAUUCGACAAUCAUGUGCAGUAUGGGAUUAAUAAGUGGACCAAUGAUGAGACGCUUAUCUUGGAGGUGUGCUGCCUAUCUUGGUAGUGUCAUUAUAGUCGCAGGAAUACUCUUCACUGCGAUCGCUGACUCUCUGUUGACUUUUAUUAUUGCCUAUUGUUUUUUGAUCGGUGUCGGUCAAGGAAUCAUCUAUCCAGCAACGAGCUUAUCACUGAACACUUACUUCAGGGAGAAGCGUAAAAUCGCUAUGGCAAUAUCUGUCACGUUGACGGGUCUGGGACCAAUAAUAAUGCCGCUUUUUAUUGUGAAGCUUCUUGACAAUCACGGCACUACAGGAACACUUAUAAUCCUUGCUGGUAUCAGCACUCAUGCCUUUAUUGGAGCUUCUCUUCUUAGGAGUUUUAGAAAAGAAGAGACCACGGACGUGGUCUUACAGAAAUUAUCAGUGGAAACUUCGUCUACCAUUGCCAAUGAUGACAACGUAAAAAAUGAUAGUAAAGACAAAUUGACUGUCGCAGUCACCAAUGAUACUGUUAAUCAUAACAAUGCUAAGGGACCAAGAAACUAUCUAAAGCAAUUGGACUCGACCAAAGAAGAUACUGCAUCAGAAGAAUUAAUGCUGUUCUUGAAGAGCGAGGAGCCCCGAGAAGAGAAAAUGAAGAUGAAGAGAAGCGUCGUCUCGAAGUGUGCAAAGGGCUUAGAUUUAGAUCUGUUGCGAGACAGCCAUUAUUUAAUUGCAGUGCUGGGGAUGAGUAUAUCUUUCACGUCGGAGCUCAACUUCAAUAUGAUGAUUCCAAUUAUCCUGAGUGAUUGGGCAACUCUAGAGAAGGAAGCAGUGGCACAAGUGAUAUCAGUACAAGGAAUUGCUGAUAUCGUAGGUAGACUUUGCAUUCCAAUUAUUGCUCACAAAGCAGGCUGGACGUCCAGGUACAUGUACCUGAUCUCCCUCGUCGGUUCCAGUCUGGCCAGAAUACUUCUCUUAGCCUUCAAGGACACAUACGGCGCCAUAUUGGCCUUAUCAGUACUUUUUGGAUUGGCUAAAGGGACUAAAGCCGUUUUUCAAUCUCUGGUUAUACCAGACUGUGUACCGUUAGAAAGAUUGCCCGCAGCAUCCGGCCUACUUAUGGUUGCAAAUGGAAUUCUCUCAAUAACUCUGGGACCGCUCAUAGGAUUGGUCCAUGACCUGACCGGCAGUUACGUAUAUGCUUUGCAUUUCACCUCAGCCCUCAGUCUAACAUGCGUUGCCUUAUGGUUGACUGAGACUUUCUGUAGGUCUUGAAGAAAACAUCUGAGCCAUCCAUAUAAUUCUAUCGAAGAGGAAGUUACCUUGACUUUACAACGGAACCUCACUCAGGGAUAUACAAUCAAUUAACUAUCAAUCUUUUUUAUACAUAAGAAAAUGAUGUUUUUUUAUAAAGUCAGCCAUUAAAACGAUACAUACCAAAAAAAC